CUUUGAAGAUGGUGCAAAUAUUCUUAUUGCUAGGUAUUUUGAACCUUGCUACUCUGUUGAGCUGUGAUCACCAUAGUGAGACAGGCUAUUCGAGCAAACCAUUUCCUUGGAAUAAAGUGAGACUCCCCAAGCACGUUGUUCCAGUUCAUUAUGACCUUCUUAUUCACCCAAACCUGACCACUCUUACUUUUACUGGAUAUGCCAAAAUAGAGAUCACAGUGCUUCAGCAAACUAGUUCAAUCAUCCUGCACAGCAAAUAUCUCCACAUCUCCAAAGCUACCAUCCGAGGAGAAAUGGAAGGCAUUCAUGCUGAGCAAGGAGUGGCGGUUUCAGAAUAUCCACCAUUUGAACAGAUUGCCCUUCUUACUGAUGAACCACUGCAAGUUGGAAACAACUAUUUUAUUAUUAUCGAGUAUUCUGCUAAUUUGUCAGACAGUUUCCAUGGCUUCUAUAAAAGUACAUACAGAACUCCAGAAGGAGAAGUAAGGGUGCUUGCAUUAACACAGUUUGAACCAACAGCUGCCCGAAUGGCCUUCCCUUGCUUUGACGAACCUGCAUUCAAAGCUAGAUUUUCUGUCAAGAUCAGAAGAGAACCAAAACAUCAUGCGUUAUCUAACAUGCCUGUAGUGAAAUCAGUAAACAUCAUGGAAUGGCUCAUUGAAGACCAGUUUGAGAUUAGCAUGAAGAUGAGCACCUAUUUGGUAGCCUUCAUGGUUUCAGAUUUCAAAUCAAUUACAAAGAUGACCUCCCGUGGAAUUAAGGUUUCAGUAUAUACUGUACCAUACAAGAUCAAGCAAGCAUCCUAUGCCUUGGAUUCAGCAGUGAAACAACUAGACUUCUAUGAGGGAUAUUUUAAAAUUCCAUAUCCUUUGCCUAAACAAGACUUAGCUGCUAUUCCUGAUUUUCAGUCUGGAGCAAUGGAGAAUUGGGGAUUGAUCACAUACAGGGAAAGUUCCUUGAUAUAUGAUCCUGAAAAAUCAUCAGCAUCAUCUAGACUUUGGAUUACUAUGGUUAUAGCCCAUGAACUUGCUCACCAAUGGUUUGGAAACCUGGUCACCAUGGAAUGGUGGAAUGAUCUUUGGCUGAAUGAAGGAUUUGCAAAGUUUAUGGAAUUUGUGUCAGUAAAUGUUACCCAUCCGGAUCUGGGAGUUGAAGAUUAUUUUUUAGACAAGUAUUUUGGUGCCAUGAAGGUGGAUGCAUUAAAUUCCUCACAUCCUAUAUCUACUGCUGUUGAAGAUCCAGCUCAGAUUCUAGAAAUGUUUGAUGAGGUUUCCUAUGAUAAGGGAUCUUGCAUUCUCAAUAUGCUAAGAGACUAUCUCGGCUCAAAGGUGUUUGAGGCUGGUAUUGUAAAAUAUUUGCGACGAUUUAGCUAUCAAAAUACACGAAGUGAAGAUCUGUGGAACAGCCUGUCAGAAAUAUGUCCUGCAGGUGGCACUGAUGAAAGUCAAGCAGAAGAUGGAGUGUGUACCAGAAGCCAGGAGACAAUCUCUGCUUCACACUGGACCAAGGGUGCACUCCACAAUGUGAAGGCAAUGAUGAACACUUGGACCCUGCAAAAAGGAUUCCCAUUAGUGACUGUGACAGUGAGAGAGAAGAACAUCCAUCUCCAACAAGAACACUAUAUGAAGGGCUCUCGUCUUUCUCCACCAACAGGGUCCCUGUGGCACAUUCCACUAACAUACAUCACCAGCAAAUCUGACAUUGUUCAAAGGUUUUUGCUGAAAACGAAAACAGAUAGCCUCAUCCUCCCAGAGGAAGUAGAAUGGAUAAAAUUCAAUGUGGGAAUGAAUGGUUACUAUAUUGUGCAUUACGGAGAUGAUGGAUGGGAUGCACUGAUCCGCCUUUUGAAAGAAAACCACAAUGCAAUUAGCAGCAAUGACAGAGCCAGCCUUAUCAACAGUGUAUUCCAGAUGGUGAGUGCUGAAAAGCUGUGCAUUACCAAAGCUCUCAAUUUAACUUUAUACCUAAGACAUGAAUCUGAAGUUCAACCUGUAUCUCAAGGUUUGAGUGAACUGGUUCCUAUAUACAAGCUGCUGGAGAAGAGAGACAUGAGUGACACGGCAGAUCAAUUAAAGGGAUAUUUGGUCAAUCUCUUUAAAAACAUAAUUGACAAACAGUCUUGGACCGACGAGGGUGCCAUGGCUGAACGAGUACUUCGUAGCACCCUUCUCUUAUUUGCUUGUGUGCGCAAAUACCAGCCAUGUGUGGACAAAGCAGCAGAGUAUUUUAUGAAGUGGAAGGACUCCGACGGAAGUCUACAUUUGGCCAAUGAUAUUAAGCUAGCAGUAUAUGCUGUUGGAGCACAGACAGACGAAGGCUGGGAAUUCCUUCUUAGCAAAUACCAGCUACCAAAGUUCAGCACUGAAAAAGACCUGAUUGGAUUAGUCCUUACCCUGAGUCACAAUGAGGAAAAGCUUCAGUGGAUAAUGGAUCAAGCAUUGCAAGGUGACAUUAUAAAGACACAAGAUCUUCCGCAUAUCAUUGUGCAUGUUGGAAGAAACCCUGAUGGUUAUCAGUUGGCUUGGAAGUUCCUGAAGGAUAACUGGCCAAAACUUGUACAAAAGUUUGAACUUGGCUCAAAUACCAUUGCACACAUAAUUACAGGAGUAACAAAUAAGUAUUCUACGAAGGCACAGCUUGAGGAGGUACAAGACUUCUUCAGCUCUCUUGACAAAAAAAGCUCACAGCUCCGUGCUGUUGAACAAGCAAUAGAAACCAUUCAAGAAAAUAUCCAGUGGAUGCAUAAGAACCUUGAAAAAAUACAGAAGUGGUUACAGACUAACGGCAAAGUGUGAACGUGUGUGAACCACCAUUUCUUAAAAAAUAAUGAUUUUGCACUGGAAGACUGCUCCUUUGCCUUAAAAGGGAAAAGAAAAACAGUUACUAUUAACUGCAG